AUGAUUGCGGAGAGAACAACACCUUCUUCGCCAUCUCCACCAUCAUCAUCACCAUUAAAUCAUCCUGGUUUUAGAGUCAAUCCAAAAGAAACAAAAUCUUUGACAUCUGACUUGAGCCGAACGAGUAAUAAUAAUUUUGAAACAACAUUUCAAACACUAGACCAUCAACAAGAUUUUCUCGAUUCUUUCCGCGAUGAUGAUGAUGAACUCAAUUCUUCAUUAGACAUUGACUCCUCUCUUCUUCUUUCCAACAUUUACAUCAACACUUCCAAACCUAUGAAUCAUCAUAACAAACCAAUUUCCAAUAACAAGAAGAACAAUAACUUUCAAAAUUCAGCCAAUUUCGAACACAACCACUCCUUCACUCUCGAUGAUGGUAACAAUCACCAUCCGAUCACUUGCAAACUUACUCCCAAUAAUUCAUCAACUUCUUCAAUGACAAGUACAACGACCAUGUCAACAACAACAACAACAGCAGAAACUCCUGUCACGGCUACCACAACCAUGACUCAUGAUUCUUCCUCGUCUCAAUUAUUGAUCAUGAACGCUUCGAAUAUAUUUGAAGAAAACGCAUCCGAUGCCUUGUUGUCUGUAGUUACAACAAAAACGAGUAAUUCUUCAUUAUUUUCUUCAGCAACGGAUUCAUCAUGUUCAUUAACUACAAGUGGUCACGUGCCACUAGUUUUGAAUAUGGAGGAGGAGGAACCUUUUGAAGAUGUUUUUGAUGUUGUAGAACAUGAUGAAUUGGAUGUCAUUGGAGGAGAAGCAAUUCUCGAAGUGGAUGAUGAAUUACAGAAAUCAAGUAAGAAAACACAUCAAAGUACAUCAACGAAUCAGUAUGUGGAUCGAAAUCAUUGUCGCUGUGACGAGAAUGUUAUGAACGAUGAUGAUGAUUUGAAACGAAAAAAUAUCAUGAUAACGAAUCAUGGAAUAACAACGAUGGAAGAUGUCAAACCACACAAUACAAUGGACAAUGACGAUGAUGAUUUUGGAUUGAAACCUUUGAAUUUAUCAAAUUCUAAAUGGAAAUCACAAAAUUUACACACCACUACAAAUAUCUCAUCCCAAAAAGCCAAUGUCACGAAUCCAACCCAACAACAUGUGGUCAUUGAAGAAGAAAUUGAAGAAGAUUGUGACGAAUUUGAGGACUAUGAUGAACAUGAGGAAGAAGAACAUGAUCUAUUAGUGAAUACCUCCUCCACCAACACCAACACCACUACUACUGCAACCACAUUGAAACAACAAGAUCUUUCAUUACUUCCGUUCCGAUCCCAGAAAAAUUCAAAAACCUUCUCAGCUGCUCCAUCUUCUUCUAAUGUAUCAACACCCCAGUACUCUCAUCCAAGUGCCUCAUCGGCAACAACUCCUUUCAAAGCAACACCAAAAUCUGCCUUUCAUUUAAGAAAUACUAGUGUGACGAGUGACAUGACUGUCUAUUCAAGCAUGUAUGAUGAUUCUUUGGAUCCAUCUCUGAUACAGAAAUAUUAUGAUGAUUUUGAUGAUGAUGAUUAUUUUGAUUUGGAACCUCAAAAGUUAACAAUUACUUCGAGUAAGCACAAUUUUAAUUUGAAUGAGUUUGAAGAACCUUCUUUUGAAGAUGGUCUCGAAGAUAUUCAGGAUGACUUGUCACCGUUUAUCAUUCAAGUGAACACCAAUAUUAAACGACAAGUGAACAAAAUUGGAGGUGAAGAGACUCGUCCUGAAGUGAUUGGAAGUUCGCACUCGGGACGAAAUCCAGUCUACACGAUGGAUCAUGACGACGAUGAGAAAAUACCGAGUACUAUUUUUGGUCGAAUCAAAAUUCCAAGAAAGAGUGGAGAAGCUAAAGCUCAACAAGCACUUUACAAAAUGUUGGCCUCCAAAGAAGGAAGAACUCGAGCAGUUUCUGAUGUCACAAGUUUCAUACCAAAAAUUGCUGCAUCGAUAUCGAACUCGACAAGAUCUGCCAUCACACCUCCUACGAAUUCAAAUCUAGAAGAUACUCUGUAUCUAUUUUCUGUAAAUAAUGAUCCACAAUUGAACAAUAGUGAACAUUUUCGAAUUCGAAAGGAGAGCGUCAAGCUUGUAGAAAACUUGGGAUUGGAUGGACAAAUUUCUGAAUCACAUUUCAGACAGUCUGACUUGACACUCGAAAAGCAACGAAUCAAUUUUUUGCAUUUAUAUUCACCCAUGCAUCGAGAGAAGAUUCGAACAGAAGUAUCACUCGUUCUUCAAUCACUGUUUAGAGGUUAUGUUGCUCGAAAAAAGCUCAUCAAAGGUCUUGUUUAUAUGGAAUAUAUUUGUACAGCUGCGUUGGGUCAUGCUUGGAGAAUGAAAUUGAAAAAGUUGAAAAUGGAACGAGACUUGUUAAAACCUCAACGAACAGUGGUGGAUGAUGUGAAAUCAACUAUAGAAUACUCUCCUGUCAAAGGAGAUGAAAAGGUGAAUUUACAAUCACAGAGAGUAGUCACACCAACAAUGACCAAAAGCAUUUCUUCUCCCAACAGUAGCAAAUCUUCGAGUGUUCCAUUGCAAGCAGCAGUGUCUCCAAUAAGUGUCAAGUCAGCCGACUCUCAAGUGGUUCCAAUGAUGGUUGACAGCUCUUCCAUGUCUCACUAUUCCAAAAAUGUAGAUAAGAUCAUUCAAUUUCAAGCAUUGUGUAGAGGAUAUACGAAAAAGCUUUCCACACUGAUACGAAAUCUCAAAUUAGAGAAGCGACGUCAUUUAUUAACGAAGAGUCAUCCACUCAUUCGACAUGUCUAUAUUGCCUAUUUAGAGCUCCUUGUUGGAAAAUUAGAUCUUCAGAAAGAUGUAAACGAUAAGCAGAAAUUGAUGGAAAUUGACAAUCCUUCCACCACGAACAUUAUUAUGAAAAAACACAAACUAUUUCCUCGAUUUCUUGAAAAUAUUUAUCAAUUAGUUUCAUGUAACACAAAGAACAAGUAUCGCAUCAUGAGAAGAUCCCUUCGAGACGUCCUACUCGAGAGUAAUCAUCCAGACUGUAAAGAACUUGUAGAUAUUUAUGACAAACAAAAAUACAAUCUAAAUCAAAUAGGAAACGUUACUCAUGAACUCGACAGUGAAAGUUUUGAAAUGAAAGUUUUUGUGGAAUUUUUACUCGAUCAAGGAAAUGUGCUCCCGAAAAUACUCGCUCAAAUACUUCUCUCAGAUCAAGUCUAUGAAAUGAAUCGACAUUUAUUUGAUAAUUCAUUCAUUUCAAAGCAAAAAUUCAAACACACGAUUCUAUUAGUUCAUGAACAGAAACCCAUUCAUUUCUCAAACCAUUCCAAACAGAUUUAUACUGAAAAAUCACCCAUGACUAGUGAUGUGAAUGCCGUGGACAUUGCCUUCUUGUGUGAAGAAUUGAGUAGGGUAUUCUUUGAUUUCAAGUACACACCUGCACUCUUUGAAAAGAGACAUUAUGUGUUUCAUUCCACCGUGUGUGAAUUGUUGGAAUUAUUCAGGGGAGGAGGCAGAGAACCCAUUGGCCACUUGAGAAGCAACAGUCUGUAUGACAGCAGUGAUCAUGAUUUCAACACCAUACUGAACAAGAUUAUUUUCAAUCGAUUUAUUCCAACUCUAUAUUCCAUGUUUUCAAUGGAGUUAAAAACAUUGGAAACAAGUAGAAGUUCAAGCAAGAACCCAACUCAAACCAUAUGGGAUUUAAUAGUGAACAUUCAGCAGCAACAACAGAUGCAAAAUGCGAAUACCCAUAACAAUCCUCCUGUUAUUUCAGCAUUGGAGACAACAAUUCAAAAUGUGAAUGACACGUUCAAACAUCAAUUAGAAUUUCUCAAAAAGAAAAAGUCUUUCGCACCCGUUGAAUUGUCAAAGAUGAAAUUCAAAUCAUUGAUUUGUUAUGGCCUAUCACACAAGAUAUUAGACAAGAUUUUAACACAAAUUUUGUGCUCUCAGAGUCCUGUUCUUGUUCAUCAUGUGAAAACAAACUCAUUACUCCUCUCUGUGCCAGUUCAGAAUAGUAUCAUUUCUGGAAUUGUCUCUCUUCAAGAUGCUCACACAUUCAAUUUUUCAUUGACAGAACCACUUUUUGCACCUUAA